AUGGAACGUCUUUCUGGAGGUACACUACUUAAAACGAACAAGGCUAAAGUUCAGUCCACACGAGACGAACUUGAGCAAGAGAGGAAUUUGAGGAACCACUCGGAGAGCUUACAAAGAGAGUUGGCUCAGGAGCUUUAUGAGGUGAAACGCUCUGUAGCUAUGACAACGUAUGAAGAUGAAGAAAUGAUGACGAUCCACAGCAUCCGUUGCGGCUCCCACUGGAUCCGCGCCAACGUGACUUCGGAUCCAGCCGCCGCGGAUAGAUGGGUCCACGAGAUCCUCCAGCGCAACCGCCACCUCUCCUACCGGCUCGGGCGUCUGGUGGUGGGAGUGGGCGUCCAGUGGGUGUCCAGGCACGCCGCCACGCUCCAGCUGUGCGUGAGGUCGAGCUGCCUCAUCUUCCAGCUGCACCACGCCGACCACUGCCCCGACGCCCUGCGCAGUUUCCUCGUGGACCCCAACGUCAUCCUCGUCGCGCUGUGGGACAACGCGAUCGCGGGGAUGCUAUGGAGCUCGCCGCACGCUCUCUGGAUGGGGCGGCUCAGGGGGUCCCGCCGGGGAGCGACGAUGGAGCAGCUGGCGGAGGAGAUCUUGGGGAUUCCGGGGAUGCGGAUGGAUGAAGCGGUGGCGUGCAGCGACUGGGAGGCUCAAGAACUCACAUAUGAGCAGGUUGAGUAUGCGUGCCAUGCUGUUCUUCUUCCUUUCUUGAUGGCCUUGGAGCUUCGCGUUUGGGAACAUUUUGUCUAA